UUUUUUUUUUUUUUUUUGAUAAGCUCUGAGAAGAAAAAGCAAUAGAUUAUUAUAAAGCGCAAUCCUGAUAUACAAUCUAGAAUCAGUUGGGUGACGUUAAUAAAUUUUGAUACAGUCCAACGUUUUUGGUGUACUUUUCUCUUGCAACAAAUAACUGUUUCUUCCUGUUUUAAUUUUGAAAUCACUUUUCACCCACAUGAGGAAAACAAACACCCCCAGGGCGGGGUUUCUAAAUGGAAAAUCCUAUUCUGAUAUCGUUAAACGACUACCGACUAAACAACAUUCAAUCAUGGAUCAAGUUGAUAGGCUCCUGGUGUCGAGCAUUGGCAUGUCGCUUGGUUCAUAUAUUAGAGACCUUGCGCGCAAAACUAUAGUUCAUGAUAGUCAAUCACAUUAUUUUAUGACCUGUGGUAUGAACGGCAUAGUCGAUAUAUCGGAUAAAUCAGAAGACUCGCAACUUUCUACUAUCAAAGACAGUACUGACGAGAUAAACAAACUUUUGCCAAAGUAUCAUAUGCCAAUCAGUACCCCAUCCGAACAUGAUGUCUUUGAAACGAUAAUAAGAGGCCAAGUAAUCCGUCAAAACGAUAGCUCUAAAUAUUUCAAAAAAUGCUUGGAUAAAAUGAAGAUCGUCAAGACCAAGGAUAAACUGGAAAUAAUCAAAGACUUAUACCAAUUUGUUUUCAAAUUACACAGAUUUCAUAAGUAUUUUUUCAACCCAAAUUACAAACAGUUAUCAGAGGAAGACUACAUGAUUAAAAUUUGGUCCCCUUUGAUCGAAACUGUGUUUAGAUCCCUUGAUGAUAAUCCACCUAUCAUUCCUCAUUGGGGAGAUACCACUUCUGAACAGGUUAAAGAAAGAUGAAGGGAAGAUCAUUAGAAUGGAUUUGAGAUUGAUAGCUUGUGAAACGCCUAUCGAACAAAACAAGAUAAUUGAUACUGCUGUUGCCGAAUUUGCCCCAACAGUAUUCAAGUCAAAAUAUUAUAAAGACAAAUUGAAGACAGUAUUAGCGAGCAAAGCACAAUUAAAUGGCCUGCUGAGGAAUAAUGGGGAUUUGGACGAGCAAACAGUGAAAGACAUUUCAAUUCCCUUCAUGACUGUAAUGGGAUUAGAAUGCGAAAGCGCCAAAAAUAUUCCCAAGGAAAGCAAAUUAAAACCUUGUAGCCGUGACGAACUGAAAGCUCAUGCAGUUCAUCUCGUCGACAUUUAUCCAAGAAAUAGAGCGAGGGCUGUCGCUUUGGAACUUAAUCUACAGCCAAGAAAUGUUCAAAGAUGGUACAAAGCUUGGAAACAAAAUCCAGCUUCUUUAUUUAAGAAGGUUGGGAGACCACGUAUUAUA